CAGAGCAUCACACUUCUUUCUGCGGGAAGGAAAACUGUCAUCUUCAGGAGGAUUAACAAGUGUUUCUCGUGUGCUUGGACAUAAAAUGCGACUACUUGACUUCAUGUUUUUGGAUUUUGACUCCUCGCCGCUUUGACAGGAGAUUCUCGCAAACUAAGUCCAUAUUAAUUCCGUGGGAGGAAUUUCAGGUUUUCCCGAAUCAAACUUUGGGAUAGGACACCCAGGAGCCGCUCCGGGAAGUAAACUAAACCAACACAAACAUUAGAGCAUGGAAACCACCAUAAUGGAUGAGGAACAGUGCUACUACAAUGAAAGCAUUGCCUUCUUCUACAACCGCAGUGGCAAAUACCUAGCGAAAGACUGGAACACAGUCAGCCGCCUGGUGAUGGGUCUUGGCAUCACGGUCUGCAUCUUCAUCAUGCUUGCCAACCUCCUGGUGAUGAUCGCCAUCUAUGUCAACCGGAGAUUCCACUUCCCCAUCUACUACUUGAUGGCUAACCUGGCAGCUGCUGACUUCUUUGCUGGACUGGCCUACUUCUACUUGAUGUUCAACACGGGCCCAAACACAAGGCGACUGACUGUUUCAACAUGGCUGCUGCGCCAAGGCUUGAUCGACACGAGCCUGACGGCGUCGGUGGCCAACCUCCUUGCCAUCGCCAUCGAACGGCACAUCACUGUGUUCCGCAUGCAGCUGCACACGCGCAUGAGUAACCGCCGUGUGGUGGUGGUGAUUGUCAUAAUCUGGACCAUGUCCAUAGUCAUGGGCGCCAUCCCCAGUGUGGGCUGGAAUUGUAUCUGCAGUAUUAAAUCCUGCUCCAACAUGGCCCCACUUUACAGCAACUCCUACCUAGUCUUCUGGGCCGUCUUUAACCUCGUGACAUUUGUUGUUAUGGUGACACUCUACGCCCACAUCUUUGUCUACGUGCGCCAAAGGACCAUGAGGAUGUCACGCCACAGCUCCGGACCGAGACGCAACCGAGACACAAUGAUGUCGCUUCUGAAAACCGUGGCAAUUGUGUUGGGUGCAUUCAUCAUCUGCUGGACCCCCGGGCUCGUCAUCCUCCUCCUGGACGUCUUCUGUGCCAGCUGCAACGUUCUCACCUAUGAAAAGUUCUUCCUUCUUCUUGCUGAGUUCAACUCCGCCAUGAAUCCCAUCAUCUACUCCUACCGCGACAAGGAGAUGAGCGCCACCUUCAGGCAGAUCCUGUGCUGCCAGAGGCAAGAGAACGUCAACGGGACGACAGCGGAGGGCUCUGACCGUUCGGCGUCGUCCAUCAACCACACGGUGCUCAGUGGCGGCUUGCACCACCAUCACCACAAUGAACACUCAGUGGUAUAAAAGGUGAUGAUAAUACAUGAAGGCGUUAAACUCCGAGAGAUGAGAAGGUCAAGUGACUCUGAACAGGAACGCAUGAGAUGGAUUACAGAAUGACAAUGGACAUGGUUUUAGCCAUGGAUCACGGAUGGACGCAAACGAUGAAGGAUGAGGAGGCAUUAUCUUAAGGACUUCAAAAGGAUGUUAGUAUUUUUGUUGAAGACAUAUUUUUUAUUUGCGUUUAAUGUGUUGCUGUCAGUAUCUGUGAAACUCGAAUAAUCUCCAGUUGAUCUUAUAUCCCAUUGUUACAUCCACCAAGCACAAACGUGCAAAGUUUUUUGUUUAUUCCAAGAUGAUGGAAAAACUACUCACAAAAGUUUGUGCAGGGACGUCAGAUGUAACAUUGAAUUACACCCCCUCCCCACCUAAGAAUGAAAAUGGUACAUUCCCAUCUGCCGAGUCACUUCUUCCACUUCCAAUGAACAGAAAGCUGGCUUACUCUUGCACUGGUUUAGCAUCAGCUUGUGCCUUCAUGAAACGUUGACUCACUAAGCGGAACCAUCUAGGACACAAAAAUAACCCCACCUCCUGAUUUGGAACAUUUUACAUGAAGCAGGAACCAAACCGCAAAGUACUCAAAGUGCUUUGACGCAUUCACCUACUGAUGACACAGCAUCAGGACCAACUUGGGGUUCGGCAUCCUGCCCAAAGAUGCUUGCUCGACAUGGACACAGAGGACUGAACCAGCAACCUUCUACCACCUGAGCCAUGCCGCCCCACAUCAUUUGUGACCCACAUUUCCCCAUUUCAAUCAUCAAUAUGUGUUAUGAAGCUGGAAAUAAUGUAAACAAUAACAUUUUCUACACGUUUACUUCAUUGUUUACUUCAUCUAUAUGAUGGUUCAACACCAGACUUUAUUUUUCGUCUGGUUUUGAGAACCCCGAAAACCUGUUUCAUUGUUAAAUGGACUGUAUGCAUCGUGCUCCUCCAUGAGGGCGCCAACAUUGGAACGUAUGAAUAGCAUUACAUACUGUACAUUAGCUAUGUUUGCUGUCAGCUCACAGUAGCCAGCAUACAGCCAACAAACCAAAUUGUCAUUCAUUCAUUCAUUUUCUACCGCUUAUCCUCACAAGUGUUGUGGGGGGUGCUGGAGCCUAUCCCAGCUGUCUUUGGGCAAGAGGUGGGGAGUACACCCUGGACCAGCCAAUCACAGAGCACAUAUAGACAAACAACCAUUCACACUCACAUUCAUACCUAUGGACAAUUUGGAGUCGCCAAUUAACCUAGCAUGUUUUUGGAAUGUGGGAGGAAACCGGAGUACCCGGAGAAAACCCACACACGCACGGGACAACAUAGAAACUCCACACAGAUAUGGACGGGGGUGGAAUUGAACUCGGGUCUCCUAGCUGUGAGGCUCGCGCGCCAACCACGCGCCAACCACUUGCCCACCAUGCAGCUUUGAAUUUUUCAAUGAAAGUAAUUUAUAGCGAGAUGCAUACAGUCCCUUUAAGAGCCAAUCUCAUGCAGCAUUCAGAUAUUAAUGUCUACAAGGUCAAAGUGAAGCACCUUUCCAACGCCAGUGAACAUCUUGCCCUGCAAAUGUCCUAAAAUAAACGACAUGAAUGCAACCAAACAUCUUCAGGCUGCCAUCAAAACUAAAUAUAUGAAGGAGUCAAAAAGCUGCAAGAAAUCCCAACUUGUUUAUUUCCCUUCUAAGGCAUUAAAGACGACUUGUUUCCAGGUUGUGACCAAAGAAGGGGGGAGGAGGUUGUUUGCAGUUUCACGGCAUGCAGGCUUGGAGGCACUGUGUUAUGCAGAGAGAAGGUGAAGGUCAUCUUAUUAGUGUUGUGAGUGUUAACAGACUACGGGUCGUGACAUGAAAUGUGACGACCUCUCUGUCUUCUAUCUUUUGUUUUUGUGUCUGGCUGUGAGUUAGAAUUGGCUGGAGGUCACAUGGGUGCGGAAACAAAUACGGUUUACUUGAGGAUCCUAUGAAGUUGACAGAAUCUCUGGUGCCUCAGCACAUCUGCUCUGAUGUUUCAUUUCCAUUGGAAUGAAAUCCUUUUAUUUGGGGGAAAGGUCACUUUGAUGAUAUCACAAUUUAGAAAACACCAGAGCCUUUGGCCCAGAGAGUGAAUGUUCCACACCAGUAUUGUUAGCACUAUGAAGUAACUGUUACAGUAUGUACAUACAGUACAUAGAUAAACCAUGUUUUUUUUUACUACAUGUGGUUGACUUUUUACGAAGUAUUUACAAGAAGGAAGCAUGGAGCGUUUGAGUACGCUGGUAAACCUCACCUUCUGACGCCUUAAGAGUCACACUGGGCAGCUCAGGCUGGACGGCUAGCGCUCUCGACUGUAAUUCUGCUAAUUUCAUAAUAACAUAAUAAUAGCACGGGUUACUGUUGCAGCCAUAACUCAUGACAAGCUGAAACCCAACUCUCAACCCGACUGUGUCACUUACUGUCAUCCCCCCACUAAGGCCCCCUCGGGAACGCAUCUACUUACACAUGAGCUCAACUUUUAUUUAUGUCUUAAAUGGCUUAUUUUCCCUGAUUAUUUCUACUAUAUUGGAUACUAUGAGUGGAAAAGUGACAAUAGGGUGUUAUUUUAUGUCAUGAAGGCUCUAAUGUUAAAAAGACAUACUUAGAAGUUCAUAAACAGGUUUUCUAUGCUAUGCCACAACGAUAUCGUGUUGUUUCUUUUUUUUCACUCUUUAAGAGCAAAACGUUUCCAUGUGACCCGGAUGAUAGCCUACCAAAUCCUCAUAAGGCUGACUGACUCAGUGACUGACUUCAUGCAGGGUUGAGAGCUGUUUUAUUUCUGCACGCCCUCGCUGCCUUAUGCCAAGAUGAAAGCUGAUGUUUUGUCCCCGCACCGAUCCUCACCGAUGCCAGUAAGUGCUGCUUGCUCAUCCGAGGAGCUCUGUUUAGACGAUAACAGAAGUUGAGGUCCCUGUAGAAAGAUUAUAGUGUUCUCUUCUUAAGCAUCGGCGUCAGGCUUAUCAUGCUGCUACACAUGUUUGGCCUGGAGCAACUUUAUUGACAGCUGUUUGAAGGUUGUUUUAGGAUUGGACUUUUAAUCAUCUGGGGCUCUCUGCACUGUAAAAUAACCCAAAUCCACACCACCAGGCGUAGUCCUAUAUUUGUUGUCCAGUUUCGAAGAAAAAAGUACGGAUCGGGGUAUAUAGCGUACCAACUACAUGUGCCUGCUCAUUAGUGUUUCAGUGUGUGUGUAAAAGUGGAAGUGUAUCUGUACAGUGUGUGUGUGUAUAAAUAUAUAUUAUGUAAAUUAAAUCACCAAAGGGAAAGUGUACGUUUUUCAGAGUCUACGCUGUCAAGAGUACUGUAGAAGUUGUGGUGCCUUAAAGGGGAACUUCUUUUGGAAUUUUGCCCAUCAUUCACAAUCUUUAUGUGAAACAUGAACACAUAUUUCCCUUUUCUGUGCAUUAUAACAUACAGCAUCAUAAACUAGCUGAAAUUAACUAAUUUUCUCAUGUUGUAAUACACAGAAAGGGAAAGAAAUUCAAAGAUUGUGAAUGAUGGGCAACGUUCCCCCCAAAAGUGCACUUCCCUUUUAAGCUCUUCUGUAAUUUACUGACACUAUUCAAGUUCUAAACUUGAUUACUUCUACAGCUGCCCUUUAAGCGCCUUUGAAUUACUACAACCACACUUUCAUUGUCAGUGGAUGUCAUGUUCUUAAUAAUAGUAGUGAUGAUUCUCUUACGCCAAGGGUGUCCAAAGUGCGGCUCGUGAGCCAUUUGCAGCCCAUGACUCUUUUUUUGGUUGGCUUGGGGCACAUUUUUUAUAAAGGUACUACUACUGCUACUCUGAAUUCCAGGUAUUUUUGGCUAAGAAGAAUUGCAUUGUUGCAAAGUUUGCCUCCAACCUAACAAGCCAUACAAGUAGUCUGUACAAUAAUAACAUGGAUUGAAAUGAACACACAUUACUGUCGGUUCUAAUGGAAGUCAAUGUCAAUUGGUGUUAUCCCAGCAACAAUAAAGCACGAGAAAAUACUUUUGUUUUCUACUUCUUCUUUUUGAUGUAAAAAAAAAACUGGAUCAAUGAUGUACAAUGUGUGGUACUG